AUGGAGACACCAAAACAAAGGUACCGGACGGUGAGGAGUGUGGGAGAGGACUGUCAUGACGAAAAUGACCUCAAGACUUUGAUAGCUGAUAAACAUGAUCCUAUUUGCUUUAAGCGAUUUCAACCCUCCGGCCUAAUGCACAUUGCUGAGGGGAUUAUGGAGGUGAUGAAUGUAAACAAGCUGACCAAAGCCGGGUGCAGAGUCAGAAUCUUGAUUGCAGAUCAGUUAGCACGCAUGAACAAGAAGUUGGGGGGAGACAUGGAGAAGAUAGAGACUGUUGGACUAUAUAUGAUUGAGGUGUGGAAAGCAUUGGGGAUGAGUCUGGAAGAUGGAAAAGUCGAGAUAUUGUGGUCUUCAAAGGAGGUUGGCUCGAGAGUAAAUGAGUAUUUGGAUCUUGUCGCAGAUAUAAUUGACAAAAAUAGUCUUGCAAGGCUAAAGAGCUGCUGGAAAUUUAUGGAUCGAACUGAUGAAGUAAUGAAUUUAAAUGCGUCCCAGAUUUCUACCUUAGGCAUGCAGUGUGCAGAUAUAUUUUUCCUACAGGCUGACAUCUGCCAGUUUGGAAUGGAUAAGCGGGAAGUGAACAUUCUUGCAAGAGAGUACUGUGAUAAAAUCCACCAGAAGAACAAGCCUAUUGUUUUGUCACACCAUAUAUUACCCGGAUUGAAGGAAGGGAAGGAUAAAAUGUCAAAGAAGAUUCCCAGUUCUGCCAUAUUCAUAAACGAUAGUGAGGCUGAAGUAAUUCGGAAGAUAGGGGAAGCUUACUGCCCUGAAAUGGUUGUUGAAGGGAAUCCGUGUUUGGAGUACAUAAGGUACAUCAUUUUCCCCUGGUUUAAUGGAUUCGUUGUCGAGCUAAACGAACAGGAUGGCGGUGUUAGGGCCUUCGAAAGAUUUGAAGAUCUGGUUGUUCAUUAUGAAUGUGGUAUUCUGCAACCAGAUGACCUUAAAGUGGCUUUAUCCAUAGCCAUUAACAAAAUAUUGCAGCCCGUACGAAACUACUUCGAGGAUAAUGAUACUGCUAAACAGCUUUUGCGAAGUGUUUUGAACUAUGGAGUCUCCGGGUGA